AGAACAAUGUCCUGGAAUAAAAUACAAGUGGUUCGUUGGUCAGCCUUGAACGCCGAGCCUUCCUGCGUUUUUUCUACCCGGACGAGUUCCGGAUACCACACUGCUGUACGGCAGGACUCUGUGCCAACCGUUUCUUCAAGUCCUCUUCGCGCACCUCAUCCCAUUCGCAAACUGGAGUCUCGCUUCUCUCUGUCUUCAUUUCAGACCCACCUCCAUCGUGACUUGAAUUCCUCCCAGUCCGUUUCUGCCGCCUCUGCCUGUUUGUGAUGCAAGUCUACCUGUAAUCCCGGUGUGCCCGUUACGCAGACCUCACGACUGUGGUGUACAGUUUGCCGUUUUGAAGGCGUCUGCAUUCGUCACGACUCUUUUCCCUCUCUGCAGCGCUUCACUGUGACGUUUCCUGUUCACCUUCUCACAUCUAACCGCGCCCCUCCCUGUCCUGCUUCGGCAAGCCUGUCUGCUUUCCCUCUACAGGACAGCCGCGACCGUGCAUGCGUAGACCCUAGCUGUCAUCCCGAGUCUAAGAAAACAACCAUUUGUUUGAUUUCCUAAACCUUAAACCCUGUUCCAAAGGGGGGAGAAGAGGACUGGAUUGUCUCCUACUGCCUUCUUCGUGCCGUUUCGGGAGCUUUAUCGUUCGUCUCAAAAAGCACGCCCACCUGCUGUCUCGGCAAACGUACACGCCUUACCCACAACCGUCUUCCUUUUGUCAAGUAGCCCCUGCGUCGGCUUCGUCUCUGCUCAGAAACCUGCAGCUUUUUCUCCUGUACAAUGCACAUUCCGUUCGGCGCGGGAGCCCCGCCCCCCGGGGGCCCAGCAGGAGGCCCGCCCGCCGGCAUGCCUCCCCCUGGCGGCCCCGGGGGCUCUUUUCCUCCGGACUUUCUACCGAUGAUGCCUGGGCCUGGAAUCCCCUCUGGAGGCCCUGGGGGAAUGCCUGGGCCCCGCAUUCUCCCGGCGGCAGGAGGCCCCAGUUUCCCACCCCUGAUGCCCCCCCCUGCGAUGGGCAUGCUUAUGCCCGAGAUGACGAUCGGUCCUAUGGGCCUCCCGGGCAUGGUGCGGAAGCCGAAGAAUAUGCAACCGCCCACCCAAGAUAUGAGUAUUCCCCCGAAUCAAACCAUCUACAUCAACAAUAUCAACGACAAAGUCAAGCUCCCAGAACUCAAAGAAAAUCUUCGUAGCAUGUUCAAGCAGUUUGGAGAAAUUCGGCAAAUCGUCGCAAUGAGUUCUUUCUGGCGCCGGGGACAGGCUUGGAUUGUCUUUGCGAGUGUGGAAUCUGCGACGAAGGCCAUUCAAGGCAUGCAGGGUUUCGUCUAUCACGACCAGCCAUUGCGCAUCAAUUACAGUGUCACCAAGAGCGACAUCAUUGCGAAGGAAGACGGCACGUUCACACCGCGACCUCCUGGCCCCAAGAAGCCUCGAGCAAUUCGCGAGAGAGAAGAGAGACAGCGAGAACUUUUCCUCCAAAUGCAACAACAGUACAUGCAAAUGCAGGCGAGUUCGAAUGCGGCGGCGACGACGGGAGCGGCGCCGAGCGCGCCUGGAAAUCUGUCGCAAGGACAGGCGAACCUGGAGACAAUGGGUGUCCUAAAGAGAAAGGCAGAGGGUGCACUUCCCACUCCUCAGCCUGCGAAACUCGGCGGCCCUUUCCCGCCUGCGGCACCAGUUCCCCCGCCGGCAGUUGACAUGAACUUCCCGGCAAUGCCCAAUAAGGUUUUAUUUCUCGAGAAUUUGCCUGAAGAUGCAACGAUGGAAGGUCUCGUCAGCCUCUUUUCUAAACACGCGGGAAUGAUUGAGGUUCGCCCCGUCCUCUGGCGCCGCGUGGCUUUCGUUGAGUACGAUAACGAAAUGCUUGCAGCAAACGCCAUGAAUGCUCUCCAAGGGUACAACAUGAACGGGUCGUCGAUCAAGAUUACAUAUGCAAGAAGAUAAAGGCGACAAGACGUAGACUCGACAUUUUUCCAGGCCCUCUUCCGUCUUCCUCCAUAUCCAACGAUCCAGGAAGUUUUGAGGAGGCAGCCUUGUGUGAGAGAAAUUGCAUCUUUAAAAUACUGUCGCUUUCCCACAUAGUGAAAGAGCGCUCUCCGUUGUCAUCGCCAACUUCCCGUUUCUCUUGUGUCACAGUACCCUCGUUGGCCCGACUUCUAGGUAGCGUUUCUCUCUGCAAAUGUAUGCACGCCUCUCGUCUCCAUCUCCUGCCCAGUGACUCUUGACUUUCUCUUUCCAAGCAAGCAAACGCAAAAACGAGCGAAGAUCCCUUUUCCGGC